ACGUUUCAUAUGAAUGGUUAAUGCGCAUCUACAUUUUGCUUCUUAGCUAAAGUUGUCAAUCCAUGUUGACGUUUAUGUAUUUUCGAUUUUUUGAUAUUCAUAACGUAUUAUUAAUGCAAUAAGAACGGUGACAUUGUAUUGAAUGUUUAUUUACCACGAAAUGUGAAGUCUUAGAUGAAGAAUCUCUGCGAUUACUAUCCUAUUCGCAAGCAUAUGACAGUUUGUGGUUUAUUGUCUUAUUGUGAAGUGUCUAUCAAAAUUUCAAUAUUCUAAUCACCUGAGUAACAUUUGUAAUAUUAGAGUGAUCAAAGUUUGAAAUUAUUCAAAACAGGCAUAUUAAUGUAAUUGAUUAGAUAUGUCUUGUCAAAUAAAGGGAAUUGCAAAUCUAACCAAUACAAGCAAUAUUAAAGAAUUACUUUUUGGAGAUUCUACUAGAAGACAUGACAUUCCACAAGAUGAAUUACCACUACAAGACUGUUUUAUAUCAUUAUCAUCAACUGGAGAUGUUCUUGCUAUGGCGAAUAAUACAAAGAUGAUUAUAUUAAUUUCAAGGUGGGAUUCAUUAGAACCAGAUGAAGCAAAAAAUAAAUUUCAUAUGAUAUGGUAUGGUGAAGUUGCAAAAAAAGAUAAUGAAUGGAUAACAUCUAUAAUCUGUUUACCAUUAUUGUCAUUGGGAAAAGCUAGCAGUGGCACUAAUCCAGAUUGGACAUGUAUUAUAGUUGGUUUUAAUACUGGUUUUAUCAAGUUUUACACAGAAACAGGUGCAUUAUUAUUUGGGGAACAAUUGCAUAAUGAACCAGUUGUGGGAUUAAAAUGUCAAUCUUUUCGUUCACCUAAACACGUAGGUGAUAUUGGUUUGGCUGAAGAAGUUCAUGUGACAUAUAAUAGUGUUGUGUGUGUCUUGCAAGGUUUUCCCUUGUUUUCCACAUUAAGAGCAUGUAGGAAUUAUUUAGCUAGAGUUCAAGCAAACUGUGAUGACCUACCACCUAUUACAAAUUUAUCAUAUAAGAAAUGGGGUUAUAAAAGCCAAGAUAUUGUAAAUGAUUCAGAAGUAAUUGGUACUACUUCUGUAAAUAGCUUUGAUCAUCUAAUGACAGCUUCAAUUUGUGGUGGAUAUAACGCAUCUUAUAGAUCUAGUGCACCACAGCAUAAUUUAGUUCUUGUGACUGGUAAACGUCCAUUUGUUGGUUUUCAUUAUGCCUUAGAAGGUGGUUCAGCUCCAGUUCUAUCAGAUGUUGCAAUAGCAAUGGCCAGCAAACUAGCAAAUGCUAUUGGAACUGCUGUUCCUUGGCUUCCUCUCAAUUGGGGAAAUUCAAAACAUCAGGCAUCGCUCGAAGCAUCAAAAACUAGUACUCAUGAACCAGUUGAACCAAUGACUUGUAGAUUUGGCUUAAGUGAUGUUAUGAGAGAGGGUUAUUCGAUAAUAUCCAGUCCAAAUAAAGCACUGUCAGUAAUAUUAGAUGCAAUGGGCAGAGUAUUAUUAGUAGAUAACAGAUAUUGCAUAGCUACAAGAAUGUGGAAAGGUUAUAGAGAUGCACAAUGUGGUUGGAUUGAAGUGGAGGAAGAAAAACAUUCUGGAAUGCACAAAGGAUUUACUAAGUUUAAACAGACUCCGCAAUUGCGUUCUGCUUUCUUUUUAGUUAUUUAUGCUCCGAAAAAAGGUGUAAUAGACAUAUGGAGUACUCAACAAGGUCCUAAAAUUACUACAUUUACUGCUAGUAAACAUGGACGAUUACUUUAUAUCAAUUAUGGUCUUCUUGGUGUAAAUGAUAAUGUACAUCUAUCAAAAAAUAAACCACAAUAUUCGUGUGUAUUUAUGGAUCCACUUGGAGGUUUGAAGGAAAUUACAGUACCAUUUCAUUUUGCUCUUAAUAGUAAAAAUGGGAAGAGAGCACGUGAUAUACAUAUACUUAAAAAAUUGAAAACAUUUUUACGAGAAGAAGAUUUUGAAUAUGAGAAAUUAAUAUCAGAAAUUGAGAGUGUGUGUUCAGAUUUGAAGAGUAAUGAAAUAAAAGUACAAACAUUGGAAAUGUUAAUGUCAAAUAAAAAUAUUAUUCCUGAUGCUUUACUCGCAGCUACAAAUUGUUUUAUCAAAAAACUAGAUGAAUAUGAAAAAGAAGAAAUGGAACCUACAACAAAAACACUUUAUUUAUUAACAACACAGUUGCAGCAAAUAAUUAACUUUUAUAAGCAUAUUAAAUCUCAGUUUGAUACACCAGAGUAUAAUGUUUCUAUAGAUGAUAAUAAUACAAGUUUACCUUUGACUUUGUUAACUACUGAGAAAGAAGUGCACAGAAUUUUUGAAUUGUUUAAUAAAAUAAAUAGUUACACGUGUUCAGAUUCUAGUACAGAAUGUAGAGUAAAAUUUAAAGAGGAUGGAAGAAUAUUUUUAGAUUUUUUAUCUUGUUUCGAGUUUGGAACAUCAGGAUUUAUAGAUAUUAAAAAAGACAUAAAACCAGAAAAAGAACAUCAGAUUUCUCAAUUAAUGUAUAAAGGCUGCGUAUAUUCGUAUGAUAGAAUUGAGACAUGGAAAGAAGUCGCUAAAAGUAGUAACAUUCAACCAUUCGUUUUCAUGAAAUUUGCUUUAAUAUACUGGCUCAAUAAGAAACGGGACGUAUCUUUAGAACUAGAACUAAAACAAUUUACGCAGCUCUUAAAUGCUAUUUGCUCAAUAGCCAGUGUUAAAGAGAUAUGUGCAGAAUAUAAUGAAAUAUCUUUAUGGUGGAAAAAGGUUCGUAAUAUUCUUUUGGAUUCAACAAAUCCAUUUAAUGCACUUACUGCUGCUUUGAUGUGCAGAGCUGUUGCAAUGUCUGUAGAAAAGUAUAGAGAAAAGUGCAAUAAAAAAACUGAGGAUAAUAAUGUUCAAGAAGAAAAAGGUAUCAAAAAUAAGAAUGAUAUGAAAGAGAUAAAGCAGCAUCAAGAUUCUAUUAACAAUUUAAAAUCAGACGAUGAACUGUAUAACUUGACAAAUGAAUGGGAAGAUAUUACUAAAGAUACUUGUCAAUUUACGUUGCUUAUUGGAAAUCUUGAGGAUAUUGCGAUUUUAGAUGCUAUUGUAAGCCAAGAACCUCCAUCAGAUACUACAACGCAAUUUUUUGCACUACCAUUUGUAAAAUUUGAUAUAUCUUUAGGAUCUGUUCUCUCAAAAGGGAAAGGUUCUGUAUCGGAGAUAGUUGCAAAAUGGAUUACUUCUACGGGUAUUGACCCUUCUCAAUUAGUAGAUACAACAGAUACGGAAUUCGAUCACGCACGUCCAACAAAUGAUUCUUUAGAAGUACUGAAUUCUUCAGACGAAAUUUGUAACGUCGAUGAUGUUUUACAAUCUAAUGUAGAAAAGCCUCUUUCAGAAUCUCUUGAUACAGAAAGUGAAGAGAAAGAUAGUACAAAUGCUAAUAUAUGUAUUUUAGAAAGAAUUAAAUUAUUAAAAGGCCAUUUUCCAUACAGUUUGACAACUAGUGUUCUGCUAGCUAAUAUCUGUUGGGAAUUUGCUAUGUCGUGGAAUAAAGAUAUUUCGCAAUUGAAGUCGCUCGAAGCUGCAUUAUGUGUUUUACGACAAAUACCAAUGAAACGUAUGAGGCAUGGUGUUUGUUGCUUAUUAUGGUCAGUUCAUAUAAAAAAACGAAUGGAAGCAGUUGCAAAAUUAAUUAAUAAGCUUGGAAAACUGCCAAAAGAGAGAUUGUGUAUGCAGGAAAUCGGUUUAUCUGAUGCUCAAGCAGUUAUAUUUCUACAAGAUUGCGUCACAUUUUUAGAAAUAUUCAUCGACUCUGAAAUGCUCGAAGUAGGACAGAAUAUUGUAAUUAAAUCAGAAGAACUAUGGGAAGUAUGCACUUCCGGCCCACAACCCUUUGCUGCAUUAGCUAUUUUUCAAGCACCCGCUUGGUACGAUCUAAUCAUGUUACAUCUACAAUUAGCUAACGUCUUACAUAUGAUAGCGCAUUUUAAUUUGAAAGUUCUAAAACCAUUAAAUAAUUUGUUUGAUUCUGUGGUACAGCCAUACUUCUUCCAAUCAAUGGCAGACAAAGUAAUGCUAACAUGGUACAGAGACGAUAAAAGAGAUAAUUUAAGAACCACGUUUUUAUGCAGAAUAAUUAAUGCAUCAAUGGAUUUUAUCCAUCAAGAAACAAUAGAUGGUAAAAUGAGUAGUUCGAUGCAAGCUAUUCAAUGGAUGAGUAAAUGUCAAACAUUAGCAUCUAUUUGGAAAAUAAGUAACGAUGAACUAAGGAUACAUCAAGUUUGUCAAUUAUAUGUGAUUGGUUUUGACCGACUAGCAGAGGAAGUUGUUACAGCUGUAAACGAUGUUGAGAAAUUAGCAGAAGAUCUUCUGCCGAUUGCUGGAAGAAGAAUGAUGGCAUAUCUUUCAAAAUCACCUGACCUUUUAGAGGAAGUUUCUCGUAUAAGUCCAGCUCUUACGAAAUACUUGGAAAGUCUCGAUGUGCCGGACGUAAUUUAUACGAAUUGCUCGAACGAUGACACUAUCGAAUUGAUACGACGAGUCUCAAGACAUUUGCCCGAAACACACUCUAAUUAUCAUCUUGCGCAAUUAAUGUUAGAUGCGGUGUUUAUUUACGAGGGAACGACAUGAUACUGAGAUAUUUAAGUAAAUUAAUUUGUUGUAGGGAAUGAGUAUAAUAAAUUUAUCUGUGCUUUCUGUUUUUAA